CUUUAUUUUGUUCAAACUUGCAUUUGCUGUAAUAACCCAAAUUGAGGAACAUUCCCCAUUGGGGACAAUUAAUAUUUACACUGAUAUUUUCAAGUCCUGAAAGUUGACUAUUCAAUGAAUUCUACUUCUGCUGGUUGUUGUGUAUGUGUUUGUACGAAAGAAAUGUUGGAUUAAUUCCACUUCAGAGAUUCAGUUUUAACUUUCAGUUUAUCAUGUCAUAAAACAUUUAUGAAAUCAUUUAUUGGACAAAAAAGAGUUAAUUUAACUCCCGGCGAGUAUCAAAAAUAUUACAAUUUUUUGACGCUAAUGGAACCUACCCAAGAGAUUGAAAUUGUCAUAUCCUAGUCGGGUAGCUCCAGUAGCCAAGACCAAAAAAGUUAAAGGAAAGGAGAAGACGUAAAUCACGUGACUGUGACCGUUGAUUUGAUGAUUCAAUUUGUCAAUUUGAAUGUUGAAUUUUAACCGUGAAAGUGGAGAUUUUGAAAGUCUAGUUAGUCCAGUUUAGCAUAAUAAUUGUGGUUUCAUUACUCGGGAAAUAUUACAUCACAAAGAGCAAAAUGGAAAAUAAAAAGAACGUUAUUCAGACAAGUACGUCUUCAGAAAGUAAAGACAGCAGUAAAGACAAGAGUGAAAAUUCGAAAAAGUAUCAUUUCUAUAGAAAGCCUUCUAUUAAGAAAAAAGCCCCAGAGGUUAAACAAACUCGAACGAGCAUGAAAAGAAUGUUACAAGCCAACCCUUUGUUGAAAUACGAAAUGGAAGGUAUUCCAUUACCUGGUGCAUGCCAUUUGAGUCAAAAAAAUUCUCAAAAUAACCUCGAUAAUGCACCCAGAAGAAAUGUCGAAGUAACUGCAAGUGCAAAUACAAAACUAAACAUUGGAUCAAAACCAUGCACCAUUAUAAAAUUGGCUGGCAACGAACCAAAUCCGAAUGCUAAACAUAUGAGCUUAAACUCAGAAAGGCUCUCGUCAGUCGAUUUCAAUUCAACCAACCAAAUUCUAUCCUCAACAAUACUUGAAACUAAUAGUUCGCAAAAGAAUGAACCCAAACAAAUGUCACAGCCCAAAACCUUGAUAAAUCCUAUGAAUAAAGAAGUCAUCAAACAUCCGCUGAGUAAAAUGAGCAAAAACUCUUCAAACCUUAAGCAGAAGGUGAUGAAUCAAGGUGUGAGAAGGUCCAAAAGUCUAGUUUCAAAUGGGGGACCGAAACAUCUCAGAAGAUCCCUUUCUGCCCAGCAUUUUGAUCGCAAAAAUGGUGCGAGCAAAGCUCAAAUUGAGGAAAGUGACAAAAAUGUAAAGCCAGCCCAAUCUUUAGAGAAUAUGAGGAUGCCAGACCAAGGAACUUUGAAACAUACAAUAUCACCCAUAGCAGAAAUUAGCCAGGAGGGUAAUUUAACUUUCAAAACUCCUUCUGCAUAUAAAAGGCGUAGUGUAUUUAGAUUAACUCCACAGUCUUCUAACUUGAGUAGAAGAUCGAUAUAUCAUCCUUCGAAUGAUCUUCCAUCUUUGGAAGAGCUUCAGAAGAGAUUGAAUGAUUGGCUAGUUAAGAGAGGUAAGAGCAUCAGCAUGUUUUCUCAUUUGAAGCAUUUCCAGUCGCCAGCAGUGAUAACGGAGGAAAACAAGGAGAAUAUAGAAGAUAAUUAUGUUCCCAACAAAGGUAGUUAUGAAGAUCUGAUGAUAGUUCCAUCUGAAGAUUUGGAUGAUGGAGCCAAAAAUAAUAAGCCUGAUAACCAGAACUUGGAGCAUGUGGCCAAGGCUGCAUUGGUAGAUUUGAAUCAUUUGAUAAGAGAAGGUUACCCAGUUAAUCAAUGUGAAGGUUGGCUUGAAGUUAUCAAAAAGAAAUAUAGUAAACUACAAGAGGAACCAGAAUAUUGGGAAUGUCGGGCUUCUAUCGAACAGUCUAGAGGCAACAUUACUAGUGCAGUUGAAUGUUACAGAACAGCAAUUGUACAGGGGGCAGAGGUUCAGGAAGUUGACAAAUCUCUUGAUAUUCUCCUGCAAAAGUUCAGUCUUCUAAACUUGAGUACAGAAAAUUUGGAAAACGAAAAAAUUACCAGGGAGAGAGCAAGAAUUGUACAAGAUGCUAGGAAUGUCUUUAAGUCUUCUAUCAUUAAAUUUGCUGUUCAAGAGAAGAAACUGAGAAAGAAUGACACAGAACCCAAGCUGGUGGCUACCCCUGUACGCAGAAGCACCCGUCUUUCGCGUUCUGCCUACACCUGCACCCCAGGAGUCAAGGUUUGUUCUUCUCUGAGGGAACUGGAAAGUCCGGAGAGAAUGAAUCUGGAUUUCAGAAAAAAUAGUGCCUUUGUUUAGCUUAUACCAAUGUUGUUUUAUAUUUUACUGUUAAUUUCAUGCAGCUUCAACAGGUUGGAAUAUAACAACCAACUCAAUCAUUUCUUUGAGUACAUUUAUACAUAUUUUAGCCAAUUGUACUAAUUGCUUUUCAGUGUGUUUUUAUAUUGGUGUAAUUGAUAUUUGACAUUGGUUACUAUCAUGAAAGAAUAUUGUGUUCUGUGAUAUGAAACAUCUCGACAGUUUUGGCGGGAACAACUGUUCACAUCAGCAAAAUAAAAAAAGCAACUUGGAUUUGAAGCUUAUUAACUUUGUAAUCUCAAGUGUUAGGGUCUAGAUCUUCAUUUCUUUAAUUUUGUAUUAAGCUCAAAUAACCCAGUGACCAUUCUUACCUUAAAUGAAAAUGUUUUGCUAAGGUCUGAAGUAAAUUCUGUUAGAAUUUUUUAUUUAGAUGCUACUGACCUAGUAUAUUUUUGUUCUUUAUAUUUUAUUGGCAACCUC